AUGUCCGAAGCCGCUCCGCCCACCGACUCCCGCGGCCUGGCCUUGAAUCCCGGUGGCGCAAAGCGUAAGAGAAGUCCUUCUUUGACCGCGAACCAAGGACUAGGAAUCGCUCAGAACAAAGCACCCAAGACUGGCAAUGUGAGCAGUCAGCUGCAGAUCAACUACAUUGCGAGACAAUGUAUCGACGACCUUCCCUUCAUCUCCAAAGAUGACACCCUUCCUGGCAUGCUCGAUGUCUUGUCAUCGUAUACCCAAGUUCUGGACCGCCAUGAAUCCCUGGCUAGCAACCUAGGAGCCCGACCUCUAGGACCCAUCCUGAUCAAACGCUUCGAACGCUGCUUCGAUGCGCCUCCUCGUGUCAUAGCCCAGCACUCGCAUGCUCGCGAUCAAGACCUACCUCAAGUGACAUGGCUUGAUGUCGUACACUUCGCCCAGGCACACCCGUCUCAGUUCACUCUCUCGACCUUCAGCGAGGGCCGUCGCGUCUGCCAAUUCUACUAUCCGCAGAAACAGGUUCGCGUACAGAUCUCAGAGGAAGACUUCCUGUUCAUCAACAGCGGAAGAUGCCAGGAUCUUAUCCCACCGCUUCCCAUCUGGGAGGAUGAGGAGAAAGAGGUGGCCACAUGUGAAUUGGUCGAGAAGGCCUUGAGAGACCUGACUGCGGCUGCCGAUUCGGUCGCUGCUCGCACUCGCCAACUAGCACAUCGUCUUAAGGGGAGGAGAAUGGCUAUCCUGGAACGUCGGUCUGCUGAGGAGACACACAACCAAGAAGUACAGCAGCAGGCAUUACAUCCGUCCUUCGUCUCAGUCAACAACAAUCAGCAAAUGCAGCAACCUCCGCAGCAGAACCAGCAGCACCCUCCACAAUCGCCUGAGAAGGUCGACCCCGCCCUGCACAUUCGCAACGACCUUCUCAAACACUUUCAGUCUCUACCUAAACAACUGCCACAUCAAGCAGACAACCGCCGCAUCUCUUCCAUCCAACCACAACCACAAUCGCCUCCCUUCCAAACUCCGCCCAACUUCGCCCAACAAGCGCGCCCUCAACAGCUCGAAUCUGCCUCUACCUCUGUCUCACCCGUCCCCACCACCGUCGCCGCCCUCGCAGCCGCCGCCGCAGCCCAAGCGAACGCCUACCGUGAUGAAUCACCAAAAGACCAACCCCGCCACAACUUCUCAAAACCCCUUCCGCCAGCACAAGAAGUUUCGCAACCAUACCGCGCCAUCUGUCAAGCACAUAUGGAGAGCCUUCCACGUAGUUCCCGCGUCAUGCCACCCUGCGACCGUUGCAGACGACUCAAAAUGGAUUGUUUGAAAAACCUGUCCAGUUGUGGUGGAUGCACAAAGAAACACGCUCGAUGCCAUUGGAAAGAGGUAUCACGCGAAGAAGUCCAAGGUCUCGAAGGAUUUGAAGAUGCCGAACGCCUCGCUCUUGAAUAUGCCAAUGGCGGCGGCAGACGUAUGAGUGUGGGCGUUGGCGAUUACGCAGCUUCGGACACGAGUAUGGAUGUCGAUGUGCGCAGUCCCUACGACUACGCAACUUCCAAUUCUACACCUGCAAACCAAUUCCGUCAGAAUCAGGGAUAUGGAGAUAUUCAGCAACAGCAUCAACAAUCACCAUAUCCGCCCCCUCAACCCCCACAACAGCAGAGAAACGACUAUGAUGAUCCGAAUAAUAUCAACUACCGCGGCAACGUCCAAAGAAACGCUUUUCCCGAAGACUUGACGCAGCAGAAUCAACAUCAACAACAACAGCAACAACCUCAACAUGUAGAUCGAACAAUGGAUCUCCUCCGCGUCCUCGGAAACCACAACAACGGCAUCAGCACCCCCACCACCACCGACCAACAAUCCAGAAACAAUGGUGCUUUCAGAGCUGGUUUCGUCGCUGCCAAUGACACCCCCUCCACUCCCGUCCCUGCGAACAACAUGAGCACUGGAAAUAUGAACGGAAGCGCCAACAUCAGCAACCCAGAAACCGGAGAAGGUCAACGAGCGUAG